CCUCCUGGCCGGAGGAGGAGGAGGUGGUGGAAGAGGAGGAGGAGGAGGAGGCACCGCCUUCUUGCCGCGCGCCCUCGCCGUUGUCUGCGCUCCGCUCUGGACCAGUUUGGGGAAGUUGCCGGAGCCCAGUGUCGCCCAGAUGUGCGACCUCAUUGAGCCGCAGCCGGCCGAGAAGAUCGGCAAGAUGAAGAAGUUGCGGAGAACUUUGUCGGAGAGUUUCAGUCGCAUUGCUUUGAAGAAAGACGACACCACCUUUGAUGAGAUAUGUGUCACAAAGAUGUCUACACGGAACUGCCAGGGAAUGGAUUCAGUGAUCAAACCCCUGGACACAAUUCCUGAGGAUAAAAAAGUCAGGGUUCAGAGGACGCAGAGCACCUUUGACCCAUUUGAGAAACCCGCUAAUCAAGUAAAGAGGGUGCAUUCAGAGAACAAUGCUUGCAUUAACUUUAAGUCCUCCUCCACUGGCAAAGAGUCUCCAAAAGUUAGGCGGCACUCCAGCCCCAGCUCGCCAACAAGUCCCAAAUUUGGAAAAGCUGACUCAUACGAAAAACUGGAAAAACUAGGGGAAGGCUCUUAUGCUACAGUAUACAAAGGGAAAAGCAAAGUAAAUGGGAAGUUGGUAGCCCUGAAGGUGAUCAGGCUGCAAGAAGAAGAAGGUACACCUUUUACAGCUAUCAGGGAAGCUUCUCUCUUAAAAGGACUAAAACAUGCUAACAUAGUGCUGCUUCACGACAUCAUCCACACCAAGGAGACGCUGACACUUGUGUUUGAAUAUGUGGGGAGUCGGCUGCAUCUUUGUCGAAAUGAUCCAAGGGGUUGCUGCUUUUCCAGGAAUGAAAGACAUUCAGGAUCAACUGGAACGAAUAUUUCUGGUAAGUUCUUUACAGAGUGCUUCUGA